UGGAAGCGGUAGUCAUGUGUGGAAACACAACCGCGAAAUGGCUAACUUUCGCACCGUUCAUAUCGAUCGUCGAUAGUUUUAAAGCAAAGUCCGCCGUGUCAUUUUCUAGGCGUGUGACAAGCAUAAUGUACAUCACCGCCAAAUGAAACGAUACGAUAAGUAAUCUCUUUCCCGUGAACAAAAUACCGUUUUUAAUAUAUCGUGAAACGUUUAUUAGUAAACGUUAUCUUAUCGUUGUUUUGCUUCGGAAAUUUUCCGAACGUUCGGAUUAAAAAGUUAUUGAAAAAACAUGGCUUCGUUAAUCGAUAACAGUUGCGAUAUGCCACAAUGGAAAAGGGAUUUGAUAUUACGGAUCCGCAGCAAAUCGUCAUCAUCGUCAAAAACGUCCGUAGAAAGUGAGCACCAACAGCUGGUGGGGAGUGAGACCCCUCGAAGCUCUUCGGCCACAGGCGACCGGUUCGGACAACAACCUAACCCAACGUGCUGCACCUCCUCAGUUAACGACAACGUGCGAGCAGACGAGGGUCUCGGUGUGGAGCGAUGUAAGAUACAUUCGGCAUCGAGUGUCUUCAACAGCAAGAUGGUGCAAGAACGUUGCUGGAUGGAUUCCAAGCAAGUUAGCGCGUGUGACAUUGUUCAAGAAAACGGCACGAAAGAACUUGAUGCGGACAAUCCGGACGAGUUCCGAUACGGCCCGGGAAUCGUGAACAAACUCAAAAACCGAUAUUUGAGUCUAACUCUUCGCGAAAACAACGCUCGCAUCCGAUCUUCCAUUUUACCCCUUCGGAAAGCCACCUCUUUGGAGAACAUCCUCGACAAUGACCUGGAAGAGCCCCAACCGAAAUAUGUGAGCACAAGCUCGCGUAUAUUCGAGCCCAAAAAGGAGGAAUGCAAGAGGAAUGUGACCAACCGGUAUCGCAAUGCAACACGUGGUUGCGAUCAGAAACGGGCCCGUUCCGUCGAGACCAUUUCCAGGACGAGACAUGAGGAACACGAAUUCAUCACCGAUCACGCCUACAAAAGAGAGUCUGUACACGAAGAAGUGCUCAUUAUAACAGAGGCAUCGGACAACAACAAGAUCCGUGACAAAAUCAACAGGCCCAAAAGGAUAGUUCCGGUUAUUUCGGACAGCGAAAAGCCGCCAGCCGAUCUGAUUCAACAGGCGAAGAAGAUCUUCGAAGGAAGGCCGGAAAAACGUACAAGAGCUCCUCAGCCAACGGGCGAAGUGGCUGCUAAGGUCGCGACAUACAAGAGCAUCAUCGUGCAGACUAAAGUGAAUAACAAAAAACCGCCCAUUAAACAGAAACCUGUUGCUUUGCACGGCGACAAACGUGCUACCAAGCCUGCCCUUGAGAAGAAGAACUCAUCGACAGACAAAGAAGUCGACUCUACCAAUAUUAACAAGAGCGUAGUUGAAAAUGGCACCUCGGAACUUGAGCACCUGAUAAGGCCUUCGCAACUCCUAUCGAAUUCCGAUUGGAGUUGGAUAUCAAGACAGAAUUCCGCCGAGAAUGCAAUUUUAACCAGUCCCAUACCAGACAUAUCAAGGGUCAAGGAAGGUGACAGUAAAGAACCCAGAAACGGACACGGCCUGUCUGAAACACCCGAUCUACUUGUACAUUCUAGUCCCACACAUUCGAACUUUAAGAUUUCUGCCACUAAGGAUUUCAUAAAUGGAGAAAUAGACCAUUCCAAUAAUACCAGCAACAGUAUCUUACCAGUAUCAAAUUCGACCGAAAUUAAAGCGGAAAUCGGUAAAUUUAAUAAAAGCCCAGUAGUCAGAAGUCCUGUUAAAUCUCCUACCAAUGGCUUCAUUAGUAACGGAUCCCCAAUUCUAAGUCCUAUAUCUUCUGAUACUUCUUCGAAACUCUUCAACGAUCCUUCUGUUAAAGAGAGGGCGAGAAGUCCAAUGAGACUCGAAUUCGGAAGCAAAGAAGACAUAACAUCGCCGUCCUUCAGGACUUCUUCCCCGGACAUUCAUGAAGGUUUAUCCAGUAAAUCUUCUGGCAACAGUUUCACGUACAAUCUCUCAAAGUCAAACGUAUCAGGUAGUCAUCUUCCUCAAGCUCAAACACCACCAAUACAGAAAGUGCUUUCCCCGUUACUAAUUGAAGUAAAUGGAAUAGGAAAAGCUUCUCCCAAAGGAUCCCCUCUGGCUUCGCCCCGACUUUCUCCUAGUGGCAAACCCAGAAAAUUCCCUUGCCUUCCUCUGGGAAACAACGAAAAUUCACCCCACAUCUCUAAUAAGACUGAAUUAAUUACAUCAAACAGUUAUUCCCCUCUUUUAACAACCAAGACGGUUAAUCCACCCAAAAUCAAAGACUCUCCUAAAAUUGACGUCGUUAUCGCGAACGGUGUUAAAAUAAAGAGUGCAGAUGAAACACGAACCCUAAAACCGAAACGUUCUAAUCAAGACUAUCAGCAAAACUCUAUUGUGUUCAAGUUUACGGACAGAAAAGACGUGCCUGAUUACGUCUGCAAUGAUGGCAGGAUACGUAGUGCAAAAAUCGAAAGACCUAAGGUCGGUGAGGGUGGAAUUAUAAUCCUCCCUGGAGUAUCUCUGGAUGAGUCAGUGGUCGAUGACGAAGACGAUUGGCUCCUUCUAGCAGGACCACCUAGUCCUUGUGACGUAUUUUUCGUCAACGAUAACAUUCUUAUUGAUGGCAGAUCUAGUCUUAGGGAUAAAGGCAAGAAAUCAGUCAGGGUGAAGUUGACAUUUGUGGAAACUGUGCCAGAAGUUUUUGAGUAUCCCUCAGAAGACUCUCUACAAGAGGAUUUUUCGUCCAAUGUGUCGUCGUCGACACCAGGUCACACGGUUCCUUCUCUCUCAGGGUCAACAUUGGCAAAUUACAUUCCAAAAGCCGCAACUGAAGACUUUAAAUUAGGUAUGACGAGAUCGCUAAUUUCCGUAUCUCAAACGGAGGUCAAAUCGACAGAUAAUGAAGAUGAACCUACACUCCAAGAAGCAUCAAACCCCAUCUUGUUCAGUGCUGGGACCAAUUCAGACAUUCUUUUCUAACUAAUUCCUAUUUUGAUAAAAAAAAAA